GGGUUUUCUCUGUCCAGGAAGCCUGUGAGAAGGUCAACGGCGCGUAAGACCAAGCGGGGAGCAUUGGGAGAUGCAUCGCAAUUUGUGUUUAUUGCAGAGGACCCAAGAGUUUCUUCAUCUAUUGAACCUAUUACUGACUGCCAGGCAAGUUCGGAUUCUAAUGGUAGCCUCUCUAAUAAAAAUUCGAGCCAAGUUGCUAUUCUAGGGUCAAGUCCCGUGGCGGGGGACCCUCCUGCCUCUGUACCACCGACGAUACUGUACAAUGACCUUUCUGAACGUUUCAAACCUGUCCUCAAUAGAUAUAACAGGGAGUUUUGCAAGAUCCCAUUGACAACCGACCAGCGGAUCAACCCGUUUCAAUACCACAGACCUCGACGCGGAGCCCAUAUUUCUGGUCCACGCAGUGAUGGGACUGGCGAGUCAUCACAUUAAAAGUACAUCCACCCAGAAUCAUCGCCAUGCGGCAAUUCAACUGCUCCGCGAGAGCCUUAACAUGUACAGUAAUCCGAGAGAUGGUUAUUUCAUGCUGGACACAAUUAUCAUUCUGUUCUCUUUGGAUGAAACCCAGUCUUCCCUGGGAAAUUGGAACACGCAUCUGGUCGGGGCUUAUGGUGUUCUAGAAGCUUGCGGUGGUAUCCAAGGAUUGGCCACGUCUGCUCGGGCAGAGGUUCAAGUAGGAAUGCUUACAUGGUGGGAUGCAAUCACCAGUCUAGUAUCGAGGGAAGACUGCGUGUUCCCGUACGCAUACUGCGAAGCUGUCCUGUCAAAUCAGAGCGAUCGAGAAUGGGAUUAUUUCGGACUCUGCGGGUGUCCAGCCAGUCUCGUCAAGAUCGUCAUGCAGCUGGCACGCCUGAUCACAUUCGACACCAACAUAAUCUUAGAACUCGAGCAGGCACUUGAGUUCUGGCAUCAUAUCUCCCCUGCGACCGCCUUUCACGACGAAGAUGGCAUGCAUUGUUCCGAGGCAUGGCGAAAUGGUCUUCUUUUAUACAUAUACCGGGUGUUCCAUUGGGAGCCUGGCAGCAGUAUCCCAAUGCACAUUUUGCAUCGUGCAAGAGCCAUUGUGGACCACAUAGUUGCGUGUCGCGAUGAAAGCAUGGUCUCCAGACAGGCCUUGUUGCCGCUGUUCUUUGCGGGCUGCGAGCUGAGAGAUCGAUCAUUGCGCAGGAAGAUUCUGAACUUCUGCUCUGUUUGGAAUGAGCGGACGAGAUAUCAUAUGUUCAGCACCACCAUCCCCUUGCUGGAAGAGAUAUGGGCGGAGCAAGAGACAAGGGGUUUCGAGAACGUGUGGUGGGGCCAGGUCAUAGAUCGACAGCACAUGUCCGAGUCUUGUUAUCCUUUGCAAAGGCGGAUUACCUUUGGCUAA